GUUUUCAUCUCAUUUUUCUACUUUACGCUGAUGACAAACGAAAAAUUGACUUUACUGAGAAGGUCCCAGCUAAUCAAGAACAAGUGAACAAAAUGAAGGAAAUAAUCCAGAAACUUCGAUUCAAGUACAGAAGUGAGAGCUUUGAAAAUCCAGUACUACAACAGCAUUAUAUGAAUCUGGAAGCAUUGGCGCUGGACUUAAUGGAGCCUGAAAAAGCUGAGGAUCUGACAGUGCCCAAGAUUGAACAAAUGGAUUACCGACUGGGUAACCUUGCAGAGGAGUUCAAACAACUUGUUUAUCCACCAGGCUAUGAUCCUGAUGGGAAAGCUACAAAACGAAAGCAAGGUAAUGGUACUGAACAAGCAGAAAAGAAAGCUAGGAUAGAACUCUCUGAAGAGGAGCUGAGGAAUCACGUUCAUAAAGGCACUUUGGGUAAACUUACUGUGCCAAUUCUAAAGGAUGUGUGCAGGAUUUAUAAGCUAACAGGAGGUGGAAAGAAGCAAGAACUUUUGGAUGUGAUAACUGCACAUUUCAAUAAGCACUGAGUUUGGUGCAGACCUUUCAGUUGCUUCAUACAUUUUAAUCCUAAAUGUUAAGAUUUUGACAAGAGAAAUUGGGUAUAAUAUUUUCAUUAUCAUUUGAUAAAAGGGAAUGCAAUCAGGUUUCUCUUUGUGAAUUUAAUAGAAACCCCCCCCCCUUCUGGUUCUAGAUUUGAUUGUGUAACCUUCAUGCAUCUUUAAUAAACGAGCUUGUUUU